CGUGUUUUUUGGAUGUUUGUACCAAAAAGUUUUAUUCGAAACGUAUUUUCCUACUAAUAACCCAAUAUUACAUUAAAAAAUAUAUGUUUAUGCUGUAUAAUGUUUUUAGAUAAAAAUAUGUGAAAAUUCGCCCAAAUCAGAGCCGAAAGGACGAAACUUAUUUUAUUCUGUUUGAGUUUGACAGAUUUAUAACCUAAAAAAAAUUAAAAAAAUAAAUACAUUUUCUAGAUCUCUUCUAAAGCGUUGAAGACGAAUGAUAUUCAAUCCGAUGUGUAUAAUCGAAAGCUGAUGUUUUAUUAACAGGCUAAAACAAUUAUGAAGAUACAAGUAUGUCUACUAUUAUUGAUGAUAAGAUCGUUGCAGGAGCACAAGAUCCAAAUGUGGUUAAAGAGGAUCCAAUUGUUAUACUGACAGAAAAAGUAAAAUCCCUUUAUUUUUUUCGGGAUCAUUACUUUGAAAACCAUUCAAUAGAAAAUGCCAUAAAUAAACAUAUAGAUGUUGAAAAUGAAAUGAAAAAUACCUUAGCUAAAUUUGAUGAAUGCAAAGGCUAUGAAAUUGAUGGAGCAAGAGCCAAGUAUUAUUACCUAAAAGGAAAAACUUUCAAUGUAGUUGAUAAAUUUACUCCUCAAGCAGAAGAACUGCUAAGUAAAGCUGUUAAACUUGAGCCAAAAUUGAUAGAAGCUUGGAAUGAACUUGGUGAAUGUUAUUGGAAAAAUGAUGAUAUUCAACAAGCCAAAAAUUGUUUUGUUGGAGCUUUGCCUCAUGGAAAAAAUAAAGUUUCUCUUAGAAAUUUAUCAAUGGUACUAAGGCAAGAAGUCGCGUCUACAAAAGAGCAAAAGAUAAAAAAUAUCCAGCAAGGUGUCGAAUAUGCAAGAGAGGCUGUUAGCUUGGAUCCUUCUGAUGGCAUUUCAUGGUCAAUUUUAGGAAAUGCUUAUUUAUCUUCCUUUUUUACUAUAGCACAAAAUCCUUCCAUACUAAGAUUAUGUAUGUCUGCUUACUUACAAGCGGAAAAAGAUGUCAUUGCUAAAAGUAAUCCUGAUUUACAUCACAAUAAAGCUAUGACUUUAAAAUAUCAAGAAGAAUAUAAAUUAGCUUUAGAAUCUUUUCAUCAAGCUUCAUUAUUGGACCCUACUUGGGAUACACCAAGGGAUAAACAAAACGAACUAUUAAAAUAUCUUAAUAAUGUUCAAACAUCAAUUAAUACUAAAGGCAGUAUUAAACCAAAAAAAUUAUUCCAAAUGAUUCAGAGUCUUAAUCAAAAACAUUUAGGACCCUACAAGGGUGGAUCUUAUACCUCGGGAGAUAAGUGUGUAAAACUAGAGCUAGUCCACCUGAAUGAUUUAGUUCCUGGAAUUAACUUGGAAAAAGUUGUUUUUGGUAAAGUUGUAUGUUGGAUCCAAGAUUCUGAUUCAGUGCCUUUUGCUUUUUGCAUGGUAGACGAAGAUAAAACUUGUAUGGCUGUGACUCUAUAUAAUUUAGCGAAAGGAAAAGGAGUUACUGUUGGCGAUUCAGUUGCGAUUCCCGAACCAUUUUUGACGAAGCAUAAUUUUUCAUAUUUAGAUAAUAAUUUCGAAUUUAAAUCAAUACGAGUAGAAACACCAGUGGUUCUGAUUGUAAAUGGAAGGAAGUUAGGAUUAGAUCAACAAGCCAACGUGAAAAUGUCAACUUUCAAAAAAAGCAACUAAAAUUUGAUUACCUAUUUACUGAUUACAAGAUUUCUCAUGGGACUGCGUUAGGAUUGUAGAACAUACCGAUUUAUUAUCAACGAAAAGAUCAUUUUUAACUCUGCUUUAUGUGUCAUUUAUGCAUACUGGCUAAAACAAGCUUAAUACUGUAAAAAUUUAUUUUCUAUAAUUAAGAUAAGAAUAUUUAAAAUGAGUCUGUGUAUUUAUCUAAAUAAACUAAUAAUCUAAACUAUUC